AUGUAUCGAGUUAUUAUUCUAAGAUCGCGGAAGGUCAACCUGGAGGAUUUUGCGACGGCGAGCUUGGUUAGAGAUGCAGAGAUUGAAGAGAUUGGAGGGGUUAAAGGAGAAGGGAGGGGGAAUGAGGGGAAUCAUCGAAGCUUAGAAGUUAGAACAACAGUUGGAAGUUGA